AUGUCUCUCACCCUCAAGCUCUCCUCCCUUGUUAUCCGCACCUUGUCAAAGCCGAUCGCCAACCAAAUCAAGGCCCAGGCUCGCGAACAUGAACGCUUCCGGCGCAUCUGCGUCUCUAUGGCGCAAGGUCUCCACCGCAUCGACAUGCGUCUCCGGCUAGGCAACAUUCGCGACAACGCCGCAUCGCAAAAACGAGCAGCUGCUGAAAGGGAGCUCCGAAAGCACAAGCCCACGUCCCCAACGGUCAAGACGGAAGUAGAGGCGAAAGCGGAAGAGGAAGCCAUUGCGAAAGCCAAAGCGGCGGCAGAGGAGGCAGCGAAGCCGGCACCGAAACCUCACAUUCGACCAUUGUCCGAGUCCAAGGCCAUCGAGUCCGGCGCCACAUUUAUCAGCGAAACAUUCUUGUUUAUUGUUGCGGGAGGAUUGAUUGUCUUUGAGUCGUGGAGGUCUCGGAGAAAGGAAACAACCCGCAGGGAGGACGUUGAGACUCGAUUGGCCGAGCUGGAGCAGUCUGAGAAGGCCGCCCGGCUAGCACUGUUGGCCUUGGAGAAGGAGCUGCUUCAACAGAAGGCCAAGCACGGGGAACUACCCAAGUCCUCCUCGAGGAUCCUACCACGCGAGGUGUGGGACGUGAACCAAGAGGAUGAGGUGAAGCCAGCCGAGGAGCCGGGCUUGCUGUCGUGGAUUACGUCGUAUCUGCCUUGGGGGGAGAGUCCGGAACAACGGGCAGAGUCUGUGAUCAAGGAGAGCAAGAGUGCAGCGAAGCCAUCCGUUGAUGCACCAACCUCACCGGCAUCGAAACCAGCCGAACCGGAAUCGAAAGCGCCAGAGCCGAAAAAGGCUUGA